AUGACUGCUAUCUUCCUGGUGUCCAUGCUUUCUGGCCUUGCUUGUGCACAAGCAACAUCUUUUUGUAUUCCAACUGAGUAUAUGAUGCAUGUCGGAAGGAAAGAGUACGAUUAUUGCCUAACCAUCAACACUACCAUCUGUGCUGGAUAUUGUAUGACACAGGAUAUCAAUGGCAAGCUGUUUCUUCCCAAAUAUGCUCUGUCCCAGGAUAUUUGUACAUAUAGAGACUUCAUGUAUAAGACUGUAAAAAUACCAGGAUGCCCACGCCAUGUUAGUCCUUAUUUCUCCUAUCCUAUAGCUGUAAGCUGUAAGUGUGGCAAGUGUAAUACUGACUAUAGUGACUGUAUACAUGAGGUCAUCAAGACAAACUAUUGUACCAAACCUCAGCAGUCCUACAUGGUGGGAUUUUCUAUCUAA